UGGAAGGUCCAAAACAUAUUGAAGGCUUGGUUUGGGUUUUCCUUUCUUCUUUCCAGUGUUGUUAUCUGUGUCUCCCUGAGUGACACAAUCACAGUGCAACGGAACCAAUGCAUAACAUUAAAACCAUAAAACCCUAACGAUUUUUGUGUUGUGAAUUGUGAUUAUUGAUUGAAUCGGUGGAAUGGAAGUGGAGUUGGAGCCUCGCGUGAAGGCGCUUCCGUUCAAGGUGAAAGCCACGUCGCGAGAAUCGCCGUCGCAGAAAGCUCUCCAUGUCCUCGACACAGACCUCCGUACUCAUUGGUCCACCGCCACCAACACCAAGGAGUGGAUUCUUCUAGAACUCGACGAGCCUUGCUUGUUGUCGCAUAUACGGAUUUAUAACAAGUCUGUACUUGAGUGGGAGAUUGCGGUUGGCUUACGUUACAAGCCAGAGACAUUCCAGAAAGUUCGCCCACGUUGUGAAGCACCUAGACGUGACAUGACCUACCCUACAAGUUACACUCCAUGCCGAUAUGUGAGGAUAUCUUGUUUGCGUGGAAAUCCCAUUGCCAUUUUCUUUGUUCAGCUAAUAGGAGUUUCUGUGCCUGGUCUUGAGGCUGAAUUUCAACCAGUUGUGAAUUAUUUAUUACCUCAUAUUUUAUCUCACAAACAGGAUCCUCAUGAUAUUCAUCUCCAGUUGUUGCAAGAUGUGACAAGUCGGUUGCUUGUAUUUCUUCCACAAUUAGAGACAGAGCUUUCCAGCUUUCCAGAUAAUCCUGAAUCUAACCUACGAUUUCUUGCCAUGCUUGCUGGUCCUCUUUAUCCUAUUCUUCAUGUGGUAAAUGAAAGGACAAAUUCAAAACCUCCAGGCAAUAUCACUGAUCUUGAUGUCUCUAAAAGCAGUCAACUGUCACCGAUACUAACAGUUUCCUCUAACUUUGAGCCAAGGAGAUCACGCAGUACAUCACCUUUAAUUUUAUCUCCAUACCGUGCCAUAGUUUUUAGGCCAGAUGCAAUUUUUGUGCUUCUGAGAAAGGCAUAUAAAUAUUCUGAACUGGGCUCUGUUUGUAGAAUGGCAUCUAAAAUUAUGCUCAAGCUCAUAAAUCCUGAUACUGAUCAUGAUAUAUCAAACCCUCUGGACGAAGUAACUUCUCUUUUGGAAGAUAAAUUAAAUUUGGAACUGUCUAGUCCUUUAACUUUAGUUGAUUACUCAAACCUGUUUGGAGACGAAUUCCGUAUGCAAGAUGAGCAGUGGGAUUGCAGCUAUCUUAAUGUAUUAGAUAUGGCGGUGGUAGAGGAAGGGAUCCUACAUGUCCUUUAUUCUUGUGCAUCACAGCCUGUUCUUUGCAGCAAGUUGGCAGAGAGAUCCUCGGACUUUUGGGCUGCACUACCACUUAUACAAGCUCUGCUGCCAGCUCUGCGCCCAUGGGUGAGCAAUUCUUUUGAUGUUGUUGAUGAUACAUUUUCUCAGUGGAAACAACCUAUUGUUCAACAGGCUUUAUCUCAGAUUGUUGCUACAGCAACAUCAGCCACGUAUCGUACGCUUGUUCAUGCUUGUGCUGGUUAUCUGACAUCGUACUCACCGUCUCAUGCUAGGGCUGCUUGUGUACUGAUUGAUCUGUGUUCUGGUGUGCUAGCACCAUGGAUGACUCAGGUGAUUGCAAAGGUUGAUCUCGCAUUGGAGCUUUUGGAGGAUCUUUUGGGUAUAAUCCAGGAUGCUCACAAUUCACUUGUUCGUGCUCGUGCUGCCUUGAAAUAUAUAGUGCUAGCUUUGUCGGGGCACAUGGAUGACAUACUAGGAAAAUAUAAGGAAGUUAAACACAAAAUCCUCUUUCUUGUUGAGAUGCUGGAUCCUUUUCUUGAUCCUGCAAUAGCUGUGUCAAAAAGCAAAAUAGCAUUUGGAGAUUUAGCUUCCUCAUUUCCAGAAAAGCAAGAACAGAAUUGUACAAUUGCUCUAAAUAUCAUCCGUACUGCUGUACGAAAGCCAGCUGUGCUGCCUUCGUUGGAAUCAGAAUGGAGGAAUGGAUCUGUGGCUCCUAGUGUGCUUCUAUCAAUAUUGGAACCGCACAUGUUUUUGCCACCUGAUGUUGACCUUUGCAAGUCAGUUUUACGACCAACUGACCAUGAAACUGCAUCUAUUUCACCUCUUUCCUCUGGCAUUAAUGGUGGAGGUACUUUUUCUAAGUCAAUUGGUCAAGAUGAUUCUGAUGGAAAAACAGAUGUUUCAGAAACAGCAGGAAAAUCUGAUUCUGCUGAAGAUCGUAGUCUACUUUUUUCCCCACCCGAACUGCAGAGUAUGACCUUGACAAAUUUCUCUAAUGUUCCUAAGCAAAAUAGCUCUAUUUCUAGCAUUGGUGAUAUGAACUUGGAAUCGAAAAACAUGGCUGAGAAACAUUCCACCGAUCAUUUUCUUAAUAAUAUCUUGGAUGCUGGCCUUGGUUUUGAAUACUUCAACGUGCAGGCAGAUUAUUUCCAACUUCUGAACUAUAAUGAUUCUGAACUUCGUGCUUCUGAGUUUAGACGCCUGGCUUUAGAUUUGCAUUCUCAGAGUGAUGUCACUAUUGAAAGCCAUGAUGCUGCAAUUGAUGCUCUGUUGUUAGCUGCCGAAUGUCAUGUAAAUCCUUAUUUUAUUUCUUCUAUUGGAGCCUCUUCAAAACUUACUGACUUGUUGAACAUCAAUGAAUUUAAAACAGCGCAUCCUCGUGAUAAAGCUAAAGUGAAAAGAACUUCUGGAAAGAAUAAACCUAAUCUAGACACUAUUGCACAUAUAGAGAGAAAAAGAGAUAAACUUGUUUUUGAGAUACUGCUUGAGGCAGCUGAAUUGGACAGGAAAUAUAACGUAAGAGUAUCUGGUGGAGAAAUUGGUCCUUAUUCUGCUGAAGGUUUUGAUGAACAGAUUAUAAAACUGUCUCCCCUAGAUGUACAAUAUGCUGAUGCUCUAACCUUAGUUCGGCAAAACCAAGCCCUACUAUGUAAUUUUUUGAUCCAACGGUUGCAGGGAGACCAAAUCUCAAUGCAUGAAAUUCUCCUGCAGAGUCUUGUGUACUUUUUGCACACUGGCACUAAAUUAUAUUGUCCUCCAGAACAUGUGAUUGAUAUCAUUAUAAAAUAUACUGAAGACUUGAACAGGCUGCUGGCAUCUUUUCAUCACCAGCUGAAAGAAAGUAGUUUGAAUUUAACACAGGAAAGAAUGAAAGGGGUAGAGCGACGUUGGUUACUGCUACAGAGAUUGGUAAUCGCAGCAAGUGGUGGAGGUGAAGAGCAUCAUUUUGGAAAUAAUAUACAAAAUAAUUACUUGUGUGGAAAUUUAAUUCCUUCUUCAGCAUGGAUGAAGAGAAUUUCUCAUUUUUCUGGUUCUUUAUACCCUUUGGUUAGAUUUCUUGGUUGGAUGGCAAUAUCUCGUAAUGCAAAACAGUAUUUGAAAGACCACAUUUUCCUUGCAUUUGAUCUGUCUCAGCUGACAUCUUUACUAUCCAUUUUUGCUGAUGACCUAGCUGUUGUUGAUGAUGUUGUCAGUAAAAAGUAUGAAGAGCUAAAAGUUGAAGAUUCACAGGUUGAAAACAGUUCUGCUAAAACAGAGUUUGAACGAGGUAAUCAAUGUGAUGAGGAACGAUCCUUUUGUGCAAUAUAUCCGGAGCUCUGGAAGUUCUUUCCUAAUAUGAAAAGGAAAUUCAAAUCUUUUGGAGAAGCCAUUUUAGAAGCUGUUGGUUUGCAGCUGAGAUCUGUUCCUUCCACUCUGGUGCCUGAUGUUUUGUGUUGGUUUUCAGAGUUGUGUUUGUGGCCAUUUUCUUUUGCUUCUUCAAUUGGAAGUGAUCAUUUAAAAGGUUAUAAUGCUAAGAAUGCCAGAGCCAUAAUCCUUUAUAUACUUGAAGCUAUUAUAGUUGAACACAUGGAAGCUAUGGUUCCAGAGGCUCCCAAGCUAGUUCAAGUGCUUGUGUCACUCUCAAGUUCUACGUACUGUGAUGUGUCAUUUCUUGAUUCUGUUUUGCGUUUGUUGAAACCUAUCCUUUCUUAUUCUUUGUCCAAGAUUUCUCAUGAUGAAAAUUUAUUGGAUGGUGAUUCUUGUCUGAAUUUUGAGGAAUUGUGCUUUAACACUCUUCUCAUGAAAAUAAAACAAAAGAGUGAGGUCGAGCACAAUUCUGAAGAUAAAGGAUACAAUACAGCACUGGCUAUUUUUAUUUUGGCAUCAAUCUUUCCUGAUUUAUCUCUUCGAUAUAGGAGGGAGUUUUUGCAGUCUUUAUUAAAUCUGGCAAACUUUACAGCUUUUGCCCCAACAACUUCUUUCUUUGAUUAUCUCAGUGCAUUUCAAUGUGUUAUGGAUAAUUGCAAAUUACUAUUAGUGAAUAACUUAAAAGAAUUGGGUGUGGUUCCUCUUCAGCUAUCCCCCUAUCCUCAUUCAAAUGGUGAUGGACUUUCUGAAGAUAACUUAAAACCAAAUUCAUGGUUUCUUAGUGAUGUCUGUCUCAUUGUUUAUGAGAGUGAUGUUCAUAAUGUAGAUAGUAACAACUCUAUUGCUGAUGUUGGUCAUUGUGAAAUACCUUCUGAUUAUUUAGAAGGAUUUUGUAAGGACAUAGAGGGUCUCAUUUCAAACUUUAAUCCAGCUAUUGAGCGCUGUUGGAAUCUUCAUCCUCAAAUAAGUAGAAAAGUAUCAAUAGCAUCAGCCGAAUGCUAUGUCUUUUCAAAAUGUUUGACAUCAGUUUCUCAAAAGUUUCAUAAAGCUGAAGAUGAUCAAAAUUCUUCAAUCGAGUCAUCUGACAUGUUCACACUUCAUUGGAGAAUUGGUCUUCAAGGCCUUUGUGAAUUGGCUGUUAUGCUUCAAGAAAGCAGUUGCUGGGAAGUUUCUUGCUUGAUGCUUGAUUGUUUACUUGGAGUGCCAUAUAGCUUUUGCCUGGAUGGUGUGGUAGGCAUCAUCUGUUCCACAAUAAAAAAUGUUUCUUGCUGUGCGCCAAAAAUCUCUUGGCGUGUGCAGAGUGAUAAGUGGUUAACUUCUUUAAUUGCUAGAGGCAUCUAUAACAUUCAAGAAAGUGAAGUUCCUCUUAUUGACCUAUUUUGUACACUGCUGGUCCAUGCCGAACCUGAGCAACGUUUUAUAGCAGUUAAGCAUUUGGGAAUACUUCUUGGCCAGUGUACAAACGGAGAAAGAGCUGUGAUGAACUCUAAAAUUUGCUCUGACUUCAUUCCAAAUAAGUUAGUUUUAUCCAUUCCUGAUUAUGUUUUAUCUCGUCUGGUUUCUAGUACUUGGGAUGAAGUUGUUGUACUGGCCUCAUCUGAUAUGUCAGUACAUUUAAGGGUUCAUGCGAUGGCUCUUCUUUCAAAUUACAUUCCAUUUGCUGAGCGCCAUCACUUGCAAUCUUUUCUUGUGGCAGCUGAUGGCAUAUGUUGUUUGUGUAAUGCACAACCAUCUCAAGAUGGUCCUUUCUUGCAACUUUCAUUAACACUUAUUGCUUAUGCCUGCUUGUACUCACCAGCUGAAGAUAUUUCUUUGAUUCCUCAAAAUUUAUGGGAAAAUAUUGAAACUUUGGGGUCUACAAAACAUGAUGGCAAGCUCGGAGACCUUGAAAAGAGGACAUGUCAAGUCCUGUGUAGAUUGAGGGAUGAAGGAGAUGAUGCCAAAGAGGCCCUGAAAGAAGUGCUUACUUCGUAUUCUUCAAAGCAGUAUGACCCAGACUUUGCUAAUACACGUGAAUCUAUUAAUCAGGUACUUGGCAAUUUAACAGCAGUGCACUCAUAUUUUGAUUUAUUCUCAUGGAAGAUCGAGCAAGAUGAUAUGGAGCUCGAGGAGGCUGAGUUGGAGCUAGACAUUAUACGAAAGGAACAUUCAUUACCAGGAAGAAUGGAGGAUUCCAAAGAAUUGAGUCAGAUUCCAGCCAACAAAAAGGAUGUGUCAAGGCUUCAGCAAAUCAAAGAGUGCAUCCAUUCCCUAGAAAAGUCCAAACUUAAAGAAGAUAUUGCAGCCCGUAGGCAAAAGAAACUACUUAUGAGACAAGCCCGUCAAAAACAUUUGGAAGAAGUGGCUUUACGGGAAGCAGAACUUCUACAAGAACUUGAUAGGGAAAGAACAGUUGAAAUGGAAAAGGAGUUGGAAAGACAAAGAUUGCUAGAAAUAGAGCGUGCUAAAACAAAGGAAUUGCGUUACAAUCUGGACAUGGAGAAGGAGAGGCAAACACAGAGAGAACUACAGCGUGAGAUAGAGCAAGCAGAAUCAGGACUUCGACCUUCUCGGCGUGAUUUUUCAUCCUCCACUCAGAAUAGCCGACCCAGGGAUAGAUUCCGCGAAAGAGAAAAUGGAAGAUCUGGUAACGAAGGGAGCACUAGAGCUGGUAGUGGAAGCUUACAGUCUGAAAUUCCUUCCACCAGCUCAUCAAUUGUACCCUCACCGACUAUAGUUCUUUCAGGAUCUCGGACAUUCACGGGACAACUUCCUACUAUUUUACAGUCGCGUGACCGACAGGAUGACACCGGCAGCAUGUACGAAGAAAAUGUUGACGGAAGCAAGGAUUCAGGGGACACCAGCAGCAUUGGAGAUCCGGAAUUAGUAUCAGCAUUUGAAGGCCCGUCUAGUGGAUACGGUUCUCAAAGGCACAGUUCAAGAGGAAGCAAGUCAAGGCAACUUGGAGAACGUAGGGACAGAGACAGCAGACGUGAAGGGAAAUGGGAAAGGAAACAUUCUUAGCUACUGAGCAUGGAGUUGUGUAUAUAGUAUAACAAUAUAUACAUGCGCAAAACCAAACCGUGGGAAUGGACAUUUGUACAACUUUAAUUUGUGCAGAACCUUGGGCAGCAUGUCUCUUUGGUCCUGCUACAUGGUUAAACAGUGUUGUAGAUUAGUAUGUAUAGCUGAAUUAGAUGUUGGUCCAUGUUUCUGUUCAAUAGACAUAGAUUAUUCACAUGCCUCCAACCACUGUAAAUGAUUGAAAUUUGAUUGUGACUGUAAGGUUUACUCUGUGACCAAAUUUGUUUUUCAUCUGUUGUAAUAGAUUCCUGGAUUGUAACUGUUUUUAUUAAUGGUGUUCAAUAAAGUAGUUGUUGGAUACCAA